CCACCCCGUUUCUCUGCUCAAAUGUUUGGAGAAAGCCAAAUCAGCUAUGAGCAACUGGGUGAAUUACUGAAGUAUGCCACAGAGGGAAAACAUCACAAUGUCACUCAGCCCAGUUGGUGUCGUAUCCACCACCGAAGGCAGCUGGCUGGUGUUACAGUGGUAAUUUUGCAUCACGUGGAUCAGCUCCAUUUCUACCGAUACUACCUGCAGUUCAAACAUCUCCGAAAGACCUUCAAACACCGUUUCUGUCUGCCUGCCCUUUCUGGUGACUUUAUUGAAAAACCUGGUGGAUCGGGCACAAACGACUGUCAACAGCUCAGCAGGGAAGAGAUGGAUGAGGAUCCCAUAAUUCAGAAAUACGCUGAAAAGGGCUGCAGUCUCUCAAGUUAUAUUUUAACUGGCGAGGAGAUGCAACUCCAUGAUUACCCUAUAAAAGGGUGUGCUGCCUGCAGCCAUUUUGUCCAGACUCACUGCAACGGCCCGGUUACAGAUAGCAGCCCCCUCUUUGGAUUGGACUGCGAAAUGUGUCUCACCGAUAAGGGGUCAAAACUCACCCGGAUUGCAGUGGUGGAUACUAGCGGACGGUGCCUUAUGAAUGAGCUGGUCAAACCCGAAUGGCCAAUAAGGAAUUACCUUACCUGCUACUCCGGCAUCACAGAGAAGCUGCUUCAGCCGGUGCAAACCACCCUCGCAGAAAUCCAGGCCCGAUUAAGGAAUAUGCUGCCUCCUGACGCCAUUUUGGUGGGCCAUUCCCUAGAUGCUGAUCUCCGAGCUCUAGAAAUGAUUCAUCCGAAAGUUAUAGACACUUCACUUCUCUACACCCGUAAAGGGGGCAGAAGGUUCAAGCUGAAGUUCUUAGCAGCUGCUGUUCUAGGGAAAGAAAUUCAGAGCAAGGCCCAGUUGGGUCACGAUCCCACCGAAGAUGCCCAGUGCGCCCUUGAGCUGGCCCAGUAUUUCAUUGAACAAGGAGCCAGGAAAAUUCUCCAGAAAGCCCCGGAAGAGAUUCCUAAAUCUCCCAUUAACGUAAUCCAAUUGGUUUUGGAUUCGAAGCAUGUUACGGCUGACCUGCUUGCAGAAACCACUUCAAAGAUGAGAGCCAAGCUUUCUGACCUGCUGACCAUCUACGUAGGCCCUUUGUCCAAAAACGUUUGUCUGAAGACCGUGAAAAAAGCCUUUAGGAAAUGUGGCCACAUUCAGACGAUCCGGGUCAUUCCAGAAACAGUUAAGCCCCACCUCUGUAUUCAAUAUGAAGUCUUGGAAGGUGCACAGCUGGCUUUGGAAGAGCUGAACGGAGCAGAAAUAGGAGGAUCUGCCCUCCAGAUCCAAAGGCCCGUAACCGAGAGGACCCUGGAUGGUGAGAUGCUGGUGCAGGAGCUGGAGAGGGAUCCUGAAAACGAAGGCAUGGUUUACUUGGCCGGGGUGAGGAAAGGUCAAGAUGAGACGGAGCUGCGAGAACAGCUGGGCCCUUUGAAAGGCUUACGGUCCAUUUUUUGGCCAAGAGGUCUCCAGACCGGAAGACGGAGGAAUUACUGCUUUUUGAGAUUCCAGAGCCCGGAGUGUGCCUCCGAGGCCCUCCGACUCCUCCAAGGGAGCAUGUUUCGAAGCAGGAAGGCCCUCUCGUCUCCCACCUUCUUCCGGUGGGCCCGUCUGGUGAACGAAAAGGGCCAAGGAGGAGCAGAAGGGCAGGAGGAGCCGCAGCAAGUCUUGGAUUUGGAACUUGGCUUGACGAGAGCCAUCAAGAAACUGGACCGCAGGGUCAAAACGCUCUAUGAGCAGGUUCCCGAGAACAGCCUUUGCCUCGUUCUGUUACCAGGCACCGACAGGCUCUCCAGCUCUCUUGGUGGCCUCGGCCUUUUGGGAAUCAAAGGCGAAAAGAGCAUUUCCACGUCCUGCUAAAAACACGUCGAGCUUCGAGCACACACA